AUGUUGCAGCAGGACAGUAAUGAUGACAUUGAAGAUGUUUCACUGUUUGAUGCAGAAGAGGAGACAACUAGUAGACCAGAAAAAUCCCAAAUCAGUCACCCAGUGGCAUCAUUUUUCCAUUUAUUCUUUCGAGUCGGUGCAAUUAGAGUCUAUCUUCCCUGUGAAUGGUUCAGCACCAGCUUUAUUGCCUGUAUGGUGACAAUUAUCUUGUUGUUGUCAUGUGACUUCGGGGCAGUCAAGAAUGUCACAGGUAGACUAAUGGCUGGCCUGCGCUGGUGGAAUCACACUGAUGAAGAUGGAAAAAGCCAUUGGGUGUCUGAGUCCAGGAAGGCCUUUUCUCAAGACAGUAAAACUGUUCCAGAGGCUGAAUCAAGAAUCUCCUGGUUAGGACUCAUCGCCUGUCUGGUGCUGUGGGUAAUAUUUGCCUUUAGUGCCCUCUUCUCCUUCAGAGUGAAGUGGCUGGCGGUGGUUAUCAUGGGUGUGGUGCUGCAAGGGGCCAACCUGUAUGGCUACAUCAGGUGCAAAGUGGGCAGCAGGAAGAAUUUAACCAGCAUGGCUACAUCGUACCUUGGAAAGCAGUUUUGAAGACAAACCACUGGAGACGAUCAGACCUCCUGAAGACAGUGAGGGAGCCUGCGUGUUCUUUCCAUUGGGAACAACUGAAGGGGGUCUUGACUCUGAACCUUUAGAACUCAGUACCUAUUGCAAAGAGGAGUGUUGGGUUUGUUUUUCCAUUUUAAAGUUUACUUAAAAAAAAAAAAGGAAAACUAGUUUUCAUAUUAAGUUUUUACUUUCUAGCAUAUGGGGCUUGAAGGUGUGGUGUAGCUAGAAACAUUGUUAACAUUUGGUUCACGGUGUACAUAUGUGUAUGCACAUAGUCGUGUAAGAUCCAUGGGUUAAGUUAACACAAGUGUUUGUGUUCAUGCCCAUAUGGAAUGGAGACCUUUGCAUUUUGAUCCACAGAACAAGAAGGAUGUUCCUAGUCUAUCUCAAAACUCUCUGUGUUUACAUACUAUUUCUGUAGAUUAUUUUAGGUUUUGCUUCCAUGGUAAGAGUGAGCACUUUGGCUUAUAUAUAGAGUUAGAAAUAAUUGUUAAUUUUACAUUUAAUAUAUACUUCAUGAUGAAACUUCUUAUCCUAGGCAUUUAGAGGCAGGUAAAAACCAAAUUUGGGCUAUUGGUGUUAACUAGUUUCUAAAAUUUUGUUUAUUUUUAUUUGUAAUGAGUCACGUACUUAAGGCCCAGUUAAUAUAAAAGGAAUUUUCAUAGUUUAUGUUCAUGGGAUACGUAGGCAUUGCUGCUGUUCUAUUUAUUUUGGGGGAAAGAUAGCCAGAUUUUACUUUGGAACCUUCCAGAAGCUCUUCAGUGGUCCUUGGCCUAAUAAAGUCUAUCUUUUACCACUAAAAGAGUAUUAUUCUUAUGUCAUAGUGAGAAUAAUCGUUUCAAUACUUGGCAUUGUAAAUGCCUAAAAGACGUUU